AAUUCAGUAAACAGUAUCGAGAACUACGACUGUUCUUGUGACUUUGGGAGUAUAAACCGACUGUGAUCGUUAGCUGACCGAUCUUUCAAAAUCGUUCUUCGAAAGAAGGAAGAAGAAUUAAGCCAAAGAUGAGGAAACGAGAUUUGGCUAUUCUGAUGCUUGCCGCUUUCGCUAUCUUCUUCUCCCUUCAGCAUGAAGGAGAUUUCUCGUUUAGAGAGGCGUGGUUUCAUUUAUCCGAUGAAUAUCCGAUCAAAUACGAGGCUGAUCGUCUUCCUCCCCCGAUUGUGGCCGAUCUCAAUGGUGACGGAAAGAAAGAAGUCCUUGUUGCGACUCACGAUGCUAAAGUUCAGGUGUUGGAGCCCCCCGCGAGGCGUGUGGAUGAAGGGUUCAGUGAAGCACGGGUGCUUGUUGAGGUGACUCUGUUGCCUGACAAGAUUCGUGUUACAUCAGGUAGACGUGCAGUAGCUAUGGCAACGGGCGUUAUUGAUCGGUACUAUAAACAAGGCCAGCAACAAAAGCAGGUUCUGGUAGUUGUUACUUCGGGUUGGUCGGUGAUGUGCUUUGAUCACAAUUUGAAGAAGUUGUGGGAAACCAAUUUGCAGAAGGAUUUUCCACAUAAUGCUCACCAUAGGGAGAUUUCAAUCUCAGUUAGCAAUUAUACCCUGAAGCAUGGGGAUUCAGGGUUGGUGAUUGUCGGCGGUAGGAUGGAAGUGCAGCCACAUAUUUAUAUGGAUCCUUUUGAAGAAAUUGGGAUGGCAGAGAGGAAUGCUGAGCAGCAUAGAAGAAGUGCCACCGAAAAAGAGGCUUCUGAUGACUCUGGAACUGCAAAUUUACGCCAUUUUGCGUUUUAUGCAUUUGAUGGUCGAACUGGGACACUUCGAUGGGCUAGUAAUAAUGAGAAUGGCGAGGCACAAUCUUCAGAUGCAUCACAGUUAAUUCCACAGCAUAACUACAAGCUCGAUGCCCAUGCACUAAAUAGUCGUCGUCCUGGAGAGCUUGAAUGCAGGGAGUUCAGGGAAUCAAUCCUUGGAGUUAUGCCACAUAACUGGGAUAGGAGAGAAGAUACAGUGUUGAAGCUGGCACAUUUUAGGCGGCACAAAAGAAAAAUAGUGAAAAAAGUACCUGGAAAGACGUCAAACUAUCCCUUUCACAAAGCUGAAGAAAACCAUCCUCCAGGGAAGGAUGAGACGAAGAAAAUAUCGAACUUAAUUGGAAAAGCUGCAAAAUAUGUUGGGUCAGCUAAACCUAAGAAGCCAUUAACUUAUAUUCCAACUAUAACAAACUAUACCCAGCUGUGGUGGGUUCCUAAUGUUGUUGUGGCUCAUCAAAAGGAAGGGAUAGAAGCUGUUCACUUGGCAUCUGGUCGAACACUUUGCAAACUUCACCUUCAAGAAGGAGGUCUUCAUGCUGAUAUUAAUGGAGAUGGAGUCCUUGAUCAUGUUCAGGCUGUUGGUGGAAAUGGUGCUGAGCAAACUGUUGUUAGUGGAUCAAUGGAAGUGCUGAGACCCUGUUGGGCUGUUGCAACCUCUGGUGUACCCGUGCGAGAGCAGCUCUUUAAUGCCUCCAUAUGUCAUCAUUCCCCCUUUAACUUAUUUCAACACGGAGAGUUUUCCAGAAAUUUCGGUCGAACUACAGAUGUAUCUUCGUUGGAGGUAGCAACUCCCAUACUUAUUCCAAGGAGCGAUGGUCAUAGGCAUCGUAAGGGUAGUCAUGGUGAUGUUGUCUUCUUAACAAAUCGUGGUGAGGUAACUUCAUACUCCCCUGGUUUGCAUGGCCACGAUGCUGUUUGGCAGUGGCAGCUCUUGACAGAUGCUACAUGGUCAAACCUUCCUUCGCCAUCUGGGAUGAUGGAUUCUGGAAUGGUAGUCCCCACACUCAAAGCAUUCCCUUUGCGUGUGCAUGACAAUCAGCAAAUGAUACUUGCAGCAGGAGAUCAGGAGGCUGUGGUAAUAUCUCCUGGUGGAAGUAUAUUAACAUCAAUUGAGCUUCCUGCCCCACCCACCCAUGCCUUGAUCACAGAAGAUUUCUCGAAUGACGGGCUCAAUGACCUCAUUGUCAUGACUUCUAAUGGGGUAUAUGGCUUUGUCCAAACGAGGACGCCGGGGGCCCUCUUCUUCAGCACUCUGGUUGGUUGCCUUUUAAUUGUGAUGGGAGUCGUUUUUGUCAUGCAACACUUGAACUCCGUCAAGGGGAAACCGCGUGGUGGCCCUCGGUGAAAGAUUACUAGAUACAAAAGAUGUCAACACACUAGAUGCAAUACAGCAGUGGCAAGAAAACAUGUUUUUGUAUCUGUGAAGCUGCAUCAGAAUCAAGGCUUAUGCGACAUGACAGAAUGAGUUGACAACCAUCAUAUGAGUUUCCUGGAAUUAUCCUAUUUCUCUGGACCUGAGUUUAAAACUGAUGAAGUCAUUGCUGAGCAGAGACUUUGAAUGGAGAUGGAUGUAGUUUAAUAGAAAUUUUGAUGUAAAACUGAAAGAUGAUCAUUCAGCUUUGUUGCAUUCUUAGAAUCACAAAAGGGCCAUGUGCUCGAGCAUCUACAUCAAGUUUUUGGGCUUCAAGCAAUGUGAUUCGGAACAGGUUCUUGAUGGGUUCA